AUGCACUUUUGCCCACAACAUGUAUGUGACAAAAGAUACCUCCCCUGUGCAUACAAAGCUGACACGUUGACCAGGACGGUCGAUGGCGGAGGCUACGGGCAAAACAUCGCUGCAGGGAUCGAGGCGGCCAACAUUUCUUACAUCAUCUCCGAUCUCUUCUACAACAGCGAGGCUCCAGCAUUCAAAGACCUAUACGGCCAAGCUCAGCCCUCCUAUGCUAAUUUCGGUGCAUGGGGCCACUUCAGUCAGAUCAUCUGGAAAGGUACCACGAGGAUUGGAUGCGCUACUACGAGCUGUAUAAAUGGUCUCAAGGGUGUGGGUGCAAACGUCCCAAAACAUUUCACUGUUUGCAAUUACAAGUCUCCGGGCAAUUAUGGCGGCCAGUAUGCACAGAACAUUAGUAGACCUCUCGGAAAGCCGACUGCUCAUUGGGAUGCUUGGAUGUCGACAUAG